GGCAACAAUGGUGUUAUAGACCAUGCGUGGCAACUGGAGGAGCUUCUUGUUCGUGUGCAAGAGGAAUCUCGCACAGAAGAAGAUGGUCCUCUUGGCAGUGCUACUAACAAACCUACUGCUAGCCACCGCACCAUCAGGAUCAUCAGGUUCUUUGCUUCAGGAGUCAUCAGUUUCCCGUUGCAGCCUUUUUGGGAAUGAUCACAUCAAAACUUUUGAUGGUUCUUUCUACAAUUUUGCUGGGGACUGCAGUUACCUCCUUGCUGGGGAUUGUCACAAGCGCUCCUUCACACUCUUAGGUGACUACCAGGAUGGGGAGAAAAUUGGUUUCUCUGUGUAUCUCGGAGAAUAUUUCAACCUUCGCUUCUCUUUUGAUGGAGGUGUGAUGCAGGAAGAAAAAAGGAUUUCCAUACCUUUUGCCUCCAAUGGCAUAUUUAUAGAGAAGGAGGCAGGUUAUUAUAAACUAUCCAGCGAUGAGCAUGGCUUUGUGGUGAAGAUUGAUACUAGUGGGAAUAUUCAGAUACUCCUUCAAGAAAAGCACUAUAAUAAGACCUGUGGGUUGUGUGGCAACUUUAAUAAAUUUGCUGAAGAUGACUUCAGAACUCAGGAAGGGACCCUUGUGGAAAACAGUUACGAUUUUGCAAACUCCUGGGCUUUGCACAGUGAAAACAAGCGGUGCAAGAGAGUGCAGACUCCAAGCAACACCUGCAACAUUUCAUCUGAUAUUGCAGAGAAGUUAUUAAGACCCGAUUUAUUAGAAAAGAAAUUGGCUUUAGCCUUUAAGUAUUUGCUAUACAACCUGACAGAUGAUGGGCCAAGAUGUCCAGUUGGCAUGGAGUAUAAGGAAUGCGUGUCCCCUUGUGCCAAAACCUGCCAGAGCCUGAAUAUCAAUGAAGUGUGUCAUGGACAAUGUGUUGAUGGCUGCAGCUGCCCUGGAGAAUGCUCUGUCACUGGCCAGUCCCAUUUCAAAAGCUUUGACAACAAGUAUUUCACCUUCAGUGGAAUUUGUCAGUACUUAUUUGCCAAGGACUGUGUGGAAAAUUCCUUUUCUGUGAUCAUCGAGACGGUGCAGUGUGCAGAUGAUCCUGAUGCCGUAUGCACUCGCUCAGCUUCUGUCCGAAUCCGAGAUAUGGACAACAGCCUCAUUAAAAUGAAACAUGGAGGAGGAAUUUCACUGAAUGGACAAGACAUACAGAUCCCUUUGCUACAAGGUGCCCUCCGUAUCCAGCGCACGGUGAGGACUUCAAUUCACCUUACCUAUGGGGAAGAUUUACAGAUUGACUGGGAUGGUCAUGGUGAACUCCUAGUGAAGCUGUCUCCAGUCUAUUCCGAAAGGAUGUGCGGGCUAUGUGGAAAUUACAAUGGUAACCAAGGGGAUGAUUUUCUUACACCUUCUGGAAUGGUGGAAGCUCUUCUGGAAGAUUUUGGAAACUCCUGGAAACUCCAUGCAGACUGCCAAGACUUGUUGAAACAAGACAGUGACCCCUGUAAUCUAAAUCCUCGUUUAGCCAAAUACGCUGAGGACUCUUGCUCAGGUCUGAUGUCUUCUGCAUUUGAACCCUGUCACCAUGAAGUCAAUCCCACUCCCUAUGUGAAGAACUGCCGCUUUGAUGUUUGCUCCUGCUCCAAUGGCAAGGAUUGUCUGUGCUCUGCUAUUGCUAAUUACGCAGCAGCCUGUGCUAGGAAGAGCAUCCUGGUCCAGUGGAGAGAACCUGACUUCUGCCCAAUGACCUGUCCUGAAGGCCAAGUGUACCAGCAGUGUGGGACUCCAUGCAACCAGACCUGCAGAUCUCUGUCCUACCCAGAUGAGGACUGUGAUGAACUCUGCGUAGAAGGAUGCUACUGUCCCCCUGGGCACUACCUGGAUGAGCAUGAGCAGUGUGUGCCCAAGUCCCACUGCUCUUGUUACUAUGAUGGUGAGAUCUUCCAGCCAGAGGACAUCUUUUCGGAUCAUUACACCAUGUGCUAUUGUGAAAAUGGCUUCAUGCACUGCAGUACAAACAGAGUUCCUGGUGCCUUCCUGCCAGAUGUUUUUGCUGAUGAGAGGCCGUCUGCCAGAAUAAAAAGGAGCUUAACAUGCAGAUACCCCAUGGAAAGAUUUGUCUGUCCUGCAAACAACCCAAGAGCUGAAGGGUUGGAGUGUGCCAAGACUUGCCAGAAUUACGACUUGGAGUGCAUCAGCCAUGGCUGCAUAUCUGGAUGCCUCUGUCCAAAAGGGAUG